GCAUUAGCCCAUCCAGGUCCGAAACUUUCAGCCGGUUUGCCGAGCUCCUCAGUCUCAUCGACACGGGUGACUAGAACCAGAGCAUAAAUCCAUCUCUCUGGGAAAAUUCAGUGCAAUCAAAAUGCUUUCAACUUUAGGUCUAUAUGCUGAUAUAGCUGUUGAGAUGUGAUUCUGUGAAUGCUUCCCUGGCUUCAAUGUCCCUUCUCUCUGUGCAGGAACCAUGGCUAGCGGACAAUAACCAGUAAAUGAGCAAAUAGUUGCAAAUAUGUAUGCUUCCAUGAGAAGUGAACUAAAUCAAAUUUACUCAAAAAUUACUGAGCUAGAAGUGGAAGCAAGUGAGCACUCAUUGGUGAUUAAUGCUAUCCAGCCAAUUGGCCCAUCAAGAUAGUGCUAUAGGAUGAUUGGAGGUGUGUUGGUUGAGAGAAAAAUCAAAGAGGUCCUUCCUGCUGUCCAGCGCAAUAAAGAGGGUACAGAGGAGGUAAUUACUAGGCUUAAUGAGGCUUUGGAAAAGAAGAAGAAAGAAAUUUCUGAAUUUGAAGCUAAAUACAAAAUUAGGAUAUGGAAAUCUGAUGAUGAAGUAAAGGACGCAGGUAUCCAGAAGGAAGGUUCUUCUCAAGGAGUCCUCAUUGGCCCUGCAAGUUCAAAUGAAGGAAAGAACCAUGUCAUAUACAAGAAACAAGAGCCAGUCUGAUCCCGUAGAUCAAUUUCUCAGCCUGCACAGAAACGCCACCUGCCAAUAUGCAGCUUCCAUCACCGGCUUCACUGAAUUCAACCACAGCCCUAAAAUGCCUACAUUUGCGCAUGCUUCUCCUACUGAUUUUCUCAGCGACCACCUCCUUCUCCGGCGAAAUUGUCAAGUACCUUCCAGGAUACGACGGUGAACUCCCAUUCAAGCUCGAAACUGGAUACAUAAGCGUCAAUGAGUCGGAGCUGUUCUACUACUUUAUAGAGUCGCAAGGCAAUCCUGAAGAAGACCCUCUAAUUCUUUGGCUGACUGGUGGCCCUGGCUGCUCUUCAUUCAAUGGAUUAAUCUAUGAAAUCGGACCGUUGGAGUUUGAUAUUGACAACUACACUGGGGGCUUACCAAGAUUUAAAGACUACCCUUAUGCAUGGACAAAGACAGGUAGCUUCAUAUUCCUGGAUUCACCUGUUGGCACUGGUUUCUCUUAUUCUACUAACUCGGACGCCUGGGCUUCCUCUGACUCUUUUGCAGCCAAACAAGCCUAUGAGUUCCUUAGAAAGUGGCUGACUGACAACCCUAAAUACCUGUCUCUUGAACUUUUCAUUGGCGGUGAUUCUUAUUCUGGCAUAAUCGUUCCUCUAAUCACCAAGCUUGUUUUAGAAGGAAAUGAAGCUGGAACCCAGCCAAUUAUGAAUCUGAUAGGGUAUUUGGUCGGGAGCCCAUGGACAGAUCAAGUGAUUAGUGAAAAUUCAAGAGUUGUAUUUGCUCAUCGCAUGGCGCUUAUAUCAGACGAACUAUAUGAGGACCUCAAAGUAUAUUGCAAUGAGUCCUAUGUGAAUAUAGAUCCAUCCAAUACAAAAUGUAUAGCUGCUUAUGAAAUUUACAAAAAGUGCGUUAAGGAUCUAUAUGACAAUAAUAUUUUGGAACCGAAGUGCACUUCUGCGUCGCCAGAAAAGGACCAAGGAGAACUGCCACACAGGGCUCUACAAGAAAAUCCCACAAAUUUCAUCCUUUCACCACCAAAAAUUCCUGAUCUCUGGUGCCGGAAUUUUAAUUAUGCACUCUCCUACAUGUGGAUGAAUAAUGACCAAGUGCAAGAUGCUUUGCACAUCCGAAAGGGAUUUGUAUCAGAUUGGAAGAGGUGUAACAAGAGUUUAUCAUACACCAAGGAUGUCCAAAGUGUGAUUGAUAUUCAUCGAUAUCUCAGUACAAAAAGAUUACAAGUUCUAGUUGACGGUGGAGACCGAGACAUGGUUGUUCCGUUCGUUGCCACGGUGAAGUGGAUAAAGAUGCUGAACUUGACUGUUGUAAACGACUGGCGGCCAUGGUUUGUUGAUGGGCAAGUCGCUGGAUUUACUGUGAAGUAUUCAGAACAUGGAUAUCGGUUGACUUACGCAACUGUAAAGGGCGGGGGGCAUACGGCUCCAGCGUACCGUCGAAGAGAAUGUUACGAAAAGUUUGACAGGUGGAUCCAUUGGUAUCCCUUAUAGCUCCUGUGAUUAUUAAAAUGGAGCUGAAUAAACAGGCAAUGGAAGGUGCUUGAAAUUCAAGAGAGGAGAAUGAUUUAAUUUUAUUUAUGUUGUUAGCCGUUUUGGUUUCUCUUGGACUGCAUGUGUUGAUGUACUUUGAUGGAUUUAUGAGUUUUGAUUAAAAAGCUUGAAUAACUAGAGCUGAACUAGAAUCAUAUAAAAAAUGUUUGAAUUAAAUAUGACCUGUUUUUUGAA